AUGAGGCUGAACGGUGUCGCUAUUUGUCGUCAGACUCAUGUUGUAUUCGUCGGGCGAGAACAGAAUGUUGUAUUGGGUAGAAAAGUGCCGCAGCCACCCCUGUGGCCCAAUAUAGCGGUGUCUGAUCGUCACUGGUCAAACAUCCACCUGGUAUGGCGGUCUCCCGGUGUCAGGUUCGAUGUGUUUGGCGAAGUGACCACCAGUAUCGAGAACCGCCGAUCGAGUAUGGGUAGCUGCAGGGUCAAAGGGCUCGAGAUUGCCGGACGAGAACCCGCCGAAAUCGUCACAGAGGAGGGCACUGGACUCUGGACUGCGGACAAUGAAGCAACGAAUGUGACCCAAGGAUUCUUCCAAGAGGAACCGACCUAA